AUGGAAUUUCUUAAUUCUUAUUCAGAUAAAAGUAAAUUGGAGUUUAAAGUUGUAAGUAGUCAUACUAAUGCACAAUUAUGGGCAAGUUUAUAUAAUCAAUGUGAAGAAGAAAACAUAAGAAUUGACAAAAAGUUGUUGUGUAUGGAUAAAUUGCAGAAGAAGCUCAGGAAUGUAUUACAUAUGGUGAAAAUAUUCAAUACAUUAGUUCUUGAAGACAGGCAGCCACAGACUCAGACACAUAGUAUAUGUGUGAAUAAUAAGGACACACAUGAUACAGACACACAGGAACACAUAGAAGAGGAUGAUUUUAAUGAUUGUCCAAAGUGUCAAAUUUUGGCACAACACAUAGAAGAUUUGGAAGAUCAGAUGGAAAUUAGGACACAGCUCAUAUCAAAAUUAUGCCAUCGUACGAAAAAAGUUUCUAUUAUUACAAAAAGUGGCAUAGAUACGGGUGCGUCCUACAUUCCAGACACUAGUCCAGCUGAUGCAAAUGAAGAUAUAGAGGCUGAAGAAAUCAAAAGGAGGAAAUUACAUGACAGGGCAGCCAAGUUAAAUUUAAAAAUACAUGAUCAGUUGAUAAAAAUUUGUAAAGAUAUCCCAGCUUAUACGGAUAAGAUGGAUGCAUUUCACAAUGCUGAUAUCUUUGAAUCUAAUGCUGAUAAGUUCAAUCUAAAUAAUGAACAGAAAAACAAAGUAUUUAAAUUAUGGCUUCCCUCAUAUAUGGCAAGGAGAUUAGAGACCACACCAAGAGUAAAUGAUGAACGUGAAAUAAUACAUAGUUCCCCAGCAGAUCGAUUGAGGCAACUACUUUUAUUUACUACUGGAGAAUCUACUCCUACAUUUGAAAUCCUUGACAUGUUAAAGCCCACUUUACAGGAUGAUCCAUUUGCAUUCUUGAUAAAAUUUGAACAGGCGUAUAGAAUGGUCAUGGAAAUUGAGGAUGAUUCUGAACCCACUGCAAUGAUAAAGUCAUUUGUAAAACGGUUCAAAUAUCUUGAUCCAGUCUCCAGGGAGUUAGCACUAGGAAAGCCUACGUUACAGGAAGCGGCAACAUUUAUUGAUCAAAUAAGGAGAUCCAUAAAACAAAGUAGUAUAAGGGUCAAAGUUGCUGCAGUCCAAAAAAAGGAUGAAAAUCAGGUAACAAAUUCAAAUCGUCCUAAAUCAAACCCUCCCAUGAAAAGAGACCAAUAUAAACAGAAAGGAAAGGUGUCAUUUCAAAGAGGACAAGUUACUUGUUAUUAUUGUGGUAAAAUAGGACAUUUAAAAUGGCAAUGUAGGAAAUUCCUAAAUGAGUCACAGAAUGCAGGGAAAGAAAAUGGUUUUGUGCCAACUGCUCCUUCUCCAGAGCAGGAUCAGUCACAAUCACCAUAUGCACCUUUAAUAAGACAAAUUAGAGAAUUAACAUUGAAUAAUUCGUACAAGGGGAAAUCUUAUGGUAAUAAAAUUGAGGAGACAGCUGGUUUGUUACCUUCCCCAUGA